AUGGCUUCAGAUCAAGAGGAGGACGACUUCCUCGGUUUUUCUGAUGAUGAAGGAGACGGCACGAACUCUGAUUCAGAUUAUGAUGAUGAUGAGGCAACACAAUCUCUGGCACAAAAUGCUGAAAGUGAAGUAAAUGGUCAUCAAAUUGGGGACUUUGAGCAGUACCAAGAAGUGCCAAACCUUAAUGAAGUGCCACAAGAAGAUGCAUAUGAAUGUGAAGUGGAAAAAAAAGAUUCAGAAGAACUCAUUUAUGGGACAAUUAGGCAGGCUGUUUUAAAGUUUGAUUACACAAGGCAGACAAUUAGAAAAAUAUGGCAGAGAGCAGUAGAACAAAAGGCAGCCAUGGAUUCAUAUCUUUGUGAGAGCAGAUAUCACAACUGUGCGAGGAAGAGAAUUCAAAUAACAUAUGAAUCUAUAGCAUCUAUAGGCAUGGGGGACAGAACAAGCAUAGUUGAUCUUGCACGGAUGUUGCAUUUGGGUCCAACAACAGUUUGGAGAAUGGUGAAAAGAAAACAGAUCAAAGCACAUUCAAGUCCCUUGCAUCCAGGCAUUUCAGAUGAAUGCAAGGUGGCAAGGAUGAGGUGGGUACUUGGUCUCAUUAUGGACUACUCAAUACCAAAUGAUCCCACAUAUUACAGCAUGAAGGCAAAAUCAAGAACUAAGAUUCCAAAGUUCAUGUUCAUGGCAGCAGUAGCAAGGCCAAGGUGGGGACAAGAUGGACAGUGUGAGUGGGAUGGCAAACUUGGCAUAUUCCCAUUCACAUAUUCAGUGGCAGCAAAGAGAACAUCCAAAAACAGAGUAAAGGGGACAACUGAGACUAAACCAAUCAAGUCAGUGAAUCAGAUUGCAACUAGGGCCAUGCUAAUCAACCAAUUAAUCCCAGCAAUUAAAGAGAAAUGGCCACCACAUGAGGGGGAAAAGGUGAUAUACAUCAUCCAAGACAAUGCAAAGGCACAUAUUUUGCAAAAUGAUCAAGAAUGGCAGCAACACUACAAGCAAGAUGAGUUCACAUUGAUUUUGACUCAACAACCAGCAAACAGUCCAGAUUGCAACAUCUUGCACUUGGGUUUUUUUAGGUCAAUUCAAUCACUUAUGCACAAAAAGAUGCCUAAAACAGUUGAGGAUUUGAGUGGUGCUGUGGCUGAUUCAUUUAAUGAACUACAUCGAAAGACUCUAUCUAAUGUGUGGAUGUCACUUCAAUAUGUUGGAAAUGAAAUUCUGAAACACAAGGGGGACAACAACUACCAACUCCCACACAACAACAAAAAGGUUUUAGAAGAUGAGGGCAAUCUGCCAGAACAAGUGAAGGCACCAAGGUGGGCUGUGAAUGAGUGCAUAGAACUUGUUGAAGCAAAUCAGUGA